GCGAUCCAAUCAAUCAAUCAAUCUCUCUGUCUGUGUAAUUAGAUUUCGUAUAAGCUGUGAAUUGCCGACGUGGCGAUCGGUUGGUCUGACGUUGACGUCCUAUCGGGUUUUGUACCCCACGCACGUGGAUGGCCCCACUCAUGUCCAUCCACGUCACGUUGUGUGUAAGUCUAUCCCGUUCCGUAACUCUUUGAGCAGUGUCGCGCUUUCCCUUCACUACCACCAUUUCCAGUGAUCCGCCUCUGCUCUCAUCUGCUUCCCCUUCCCUGGGAGGGGUUGCAUUCCGGCGAGAACUUCUCUUUGUUCCACCGAUCGGAGUAUCUAUCUGUUAGUCGUGGGUUGUAUUAUCUUCAUCAGGAGAUUAUACUUGGGGCUUCGACAUAUUGCGACACUCUCUCUCUCUCUCUGUCUGUGUGUGUUUGUGAGAGAGAGAGAGAGAGAGAGAGAGAGAGAGAGAGAGCUUGUGUAUCGACCUGUAGUGUUCUGGAUCGACCGGCUACUUCCAUCGAUUAGCUAGAUUGACUCCAUGGCCAUUCGGUUCAUGCAUGCUGUCGAAGAGGAGCACGUUUGCCCUUCGGUCGUUGGAUUGCUCUCCGAUCUGAAUUGGCUUCAUGUGUGCUGAGCAGCGGUUGUUCCAAGUGUCAGACUCGUGUGUGCUUCUCUCAUGAUUCUCUACGUCGUUUCUCUCCGUUGAUAACGAUCCGAAGUUUCGUCUGUUUUCUGCCUAUACGAGGUGAGGAUACGACACACAAAGAAUCUCUACGGAACGAGUGAAGAGGCGGAAGGACACCGUGUGCGAUUUACUGUUUUUCUUGCUUUCUUUCUUGUUUGUUUUGAACUUUUCGAGUAUUAAGUCCUUUUUUUUUUUGUUUUCUGUGUCUCUCUGAGAGAGAGAGAGAGAGGGGGGGGGGGGGGGGGGGGGGGGGGUUUUAUUGAAACCCCCGUUAGCCGUUAGAUUAUCGUAACCUCUGCUUCGAUGGGUCCAUGGAGGUUAAGUCCCGGGUUCUUGGCGUCGAAAGGUCGGGGAAGUCGUGGGCAUGCCAAGGCUCCGCCUCUCCCUCCGCCGCGGAGUACUGGAGCGGCGUCGUUCUCUCUUGAGUCCGUACCAAGAAUCGCCUGUUCUCAACGUGAUGGAAAUGGCAGAAAUCAAGCCGUCUCGUGGAGCAAUUUUGAGGAUGUCGUCAACGAAAUUCUUCCUUUCCGCCUCGUUGAGCGGCAAGAAACGGAGUGGUCCCAGAGAAUGGGCGGCGGUCGAGGCGCUAUGUUUCUGAAAGGGGACUGCCGACCUUUCAUCAAACUCUUUACGCUCACGGCUAUUGCAUUUUCUACCAUUUUCAUCUUCUACGAAACCCGGUUCCUGAGAGGAACAGCGCGGGCCGUGGAUGUGGGUGUGGGACGAAACCGCGCUGCUGAAGGCACUUUGCUGCCAGAGUUCUCGAUCGUUGGAAUGCAGUCUCGGUUGUUGAGCUCAUUAAGGGAGGGCGAAGAAGGGAGGGGUCUAGAGGACAACCCCCAUCUUGUUGGCGAGGGGAGGGAGAAUGGGAGCCGUAUGAGAAGAAGCGCGAAGAUGGAUGACAAGGAGAUCGAAGUGAGAGAAUCCAGUAGCUAAAAAGAAUAGAGCCAUAUAUCCCCGCAGAAAUAGUAAAAGGAGCUUUUUGAA